CUCGCGCUUAUGACGCUUACCAUUGGGAGACAUUUGGACAGCCAAGUAACCCACAUAGCGAGCAACAAAUGGUGCGUCUGAGCUGGAGACCUGAUGCUGAAGACAGGAGCAUGAUGUUUCCGCACACUGAGAGCCAUUGAUGCUGCACUGCAGAGUGAGCUGCAGGGGCUCAGCCCGCUAUCAUCUGUUGAUCGGAUUGGAGACAAUUAAGCGCAUUAUCAUGAUGAGCGGUCCCACGUACAGGUGAAGUCCGAGGAGAGUGAAAUGAUUCCAAAGUCAGGAAAAUCUCCAGCAGACUCGAGGAAAAGUGUUGGCAUCCAUGAGUUUGCAGCACUUGCCAGAUCCUCUUUAAAUGGUAUCUCUCAGGCAGUGAGGGACCAUGUGACCAAGCCCACCUCCCUGGCUCAGGGCCGGGUCGCCCACCUCAUCGAGUGGAAAGGUUGGCCCAAACCUGCGGAGCCACCGCCAGCUGCUCACUUCAACUCCUACAGCCAUCUUACCGAGGGAGAGAAGGAGGCGCGCUUUGCUGCAGGAGUGGCGGAGCAGUUUGCCAUCGCAGAGGCUAAGCUGCGUGCCUGGGCGUCUAUAGAUGACGACGAGGAAGACUCCAACGAUGAAGAAUCCCACAUCAACGGACAGACUCAAACCUCCACCAACGAGAGCUCAGACGGCGCCACGUCCCGCCCCAUCAGCGGAGUGCCGAGCCAGCCUGAGGGCGAUGGCGUUGAGGAUCCGCCCUCUGACAGCCCCUUGUGCACCGGCAGCAGCAGCAGCAGCCUGCUCGGUGGUCGGCCUACGUCUCACACUGACCCUCAAUCCUCCGAGACCAACUCUCCUACUCUACCCAGCGACUGCCUGAGCCCCUUCCUGGAUGAGCAGGAGGUGGAGGAGGAGGAUCAGGAGGAGCAGCCGGCUGUUUCCCAGGAGCAGCACAGUGAGGUCUGCAUCCACAACAAGCCUGAAUGGAGGCCCCGGGCCCGGAGCAGCAGGUUCGACUCCUGCUACUCCACCUCUCACUCCGAAUCUCCUGGAGAGGAGGAUGAGGAGGACGAAGAAGAGGAAGGCAGCGUGUUUCACGAGUUUAGAGCGUGGCAAUCCAGCCGAAGAAGCUUCUUCUCCGACCGUGCCUCCUCCGGAGUGGCGUCCUUCGAUGAAGAGGAGGAAAGGGAGGAAUUCCUGGAGAAGAAAGAGUAAUUGAUGUGAUGUGUUGUCCAUCUUUAUGUCUCUUUGAAUCUGUGUUGAUUCUGGAUAUGAUGAGAAAGUAUAUUCUGCUUUCACUGUAAACCUCUCUCAUCCUCCUCCUCGUCCUCUCUUCCUCUGAUCAUCUCCUCUCCACUCACUGCCUUCUGUCUCCCAUCCUCAAAGCCUUUCAUGUUCUGGUCUCGCUCCGCCGUUUAUCGCUGCCGUGAAACAGUAUAUAUAUUUAUUGGAGAGUUCAACCAGAAUGUAAAGCUGUUGUUCAAUCUGAGUUUUGUACAUUUGUUUGUGGAGAGUCAUGUGUUGCAUUGGUUUUCUAUGGAUAUUUUGUAGUGUUGUUUUCUCUGGGUCAUGCUGUGUCAUGUGGGUCGGGCUAUGUUUGAU